AUAUUUCUUUUGCUCUGCAUAUCUGUGAUUGUGUAAAUCACAGAACUAAUGUGUGAAUCAAAUGAACUUGUCAAGAUUGUUUACUUUUCUUUAGAUCUUUUUGAUUUUGUAUUAGUGAAGAAAAUACAAUCUAUUUUAAAAUAAGACUUUCUAAUAUUUUGUGCAUAAUUUUAUUUAAUGUAAUUAUAUAUAGUUAUCCAACCUUUGGAUAGAUGGAUGGCAAUAGGACAUGUUCUUUUGCUGGUUGUGAUAAUACUAACCAAAAUAAAAACUAUUGCUUUUAUGAAUUCCCAGAUGAUUCCAAUCUGUGUAUUCAGUGGGUUGAAAUAAUAGGCAGUAGGGAGUUGUUUGAAGAGUUUGCAUUUCAAGGACCUGAACUUUUUCGGGGAAGGUUUAUAUGUUCAGAUCAUUUUACAGAAGAAGAUUUCAUUGACAGCAAUGAUAUAUUUUCAGGCUUGAAGAAAGAUGCAGUGCCAUUUUACUUUAUUUCAAAUAGAAAAAAUGAAGAUCCAUUGCGAAAUAUUUGUGUGAAAAAUGAACCUCCAGAGGAGGUUGAUUUUUGGGAUACUAGUGUAAUAACAAGUUCAUCAGUAUUUCCAGUUGAUCUUUUAAAUAAUGUUAAGGUUGAGGAAGUAUCUAGUCAAUUUACUCUAUCAGGAGAAUCACCAGCAUUUUUUAAUCUUGAACCGGAGAACAAAAAUGCACAAAUAACUAGAAAAUAUAUUAAAGAAAGCUCUGCAGCCAAACAGGCGUACAGAAAAUUACAGAAUGCUAGAAGGGCAUCUUUACGCAGAAAUGAGGAAACUCCAGAAGAGAAGGAAAAGAGGAGGAAGGCCAAUGCGGAAAGGCAAGCAAGAAAACGUAUGAUGGAAACCCCACAACAGAAGGAAAUUCGCAGAGUAAAAGAUCUUUUGAGGGCAAGGCGAAGAAGACAGACAGAGACUGAAGAAGAAACUAAAUUGAGAAGAUUGUAUGAUGCAGCCCGUGCACAAGCUCGUAGACAAAAUGAAAGUGAAGAAGAGAAGAACUUGAGACGAAUGAAGGAUUUGAAAAGGGUGACAAAAAGGAGAAGAAAUGAAACAGAUGAAGAAAGAAUGGAACGUUUGAAAAAGAAUCGAGAAUACAGUGCAAAGAGACGGUAUAUUCAAAGACUAGAGCAAGAAGUGAACCAUCCAAAAAACUUGAUAGAUGAUAAUUUUCUCUCAUUAAGAAAUUUUGAGGAAGAUGUAACAACCAUGAGUGCUAGUUUAUUCCAGCCAUUAAACGCUUAUACUGGGCAACAGAAAAAUAAUGAAUUGGAAGCAAGACUUUCCAGUGAAGAAGGCCAUAAAAAUGAGGAAAAUCGUAUGAUUUCAAAUUCUCAUAUUGGUAAUAACUUUACCUAUUCCCAGUUUCUCUCAAAUUCAGCAAUUGAUAGCUCUCAAUCUUUUGAUGGGACUUCGGAAGAAUCUAUGAGAUCUUCAUCUAAUGAUUCUUAUGAUAAUCCAGUGCAAGAACUUAUUUCUAAUAAUAAAGUAGGAGAAAUUUCAGGUCGAACUUGAUCAGUUGUAUGUUAUUCUAUCUUGGUACAAAUGGUAAAUCCUUGUAUCAGGUCUUCUGUUGACGAGUUAUAAUGAAGUGAUUUAAAAAGAGAUGAUUUUAUUCAUUUGUUAAUACUGUAUUGUUUAAAUUUUUUAUAAAGUGGAGAAAAACAAUAAUUUUUGUGACCUUGUUUUGUAGGUACACAGUUGUUAAAUAUAUAAUGUUAUUUUUUUCAAUUUUCUAUAAGUUGAAAUUAUUGAGAAGAUGUAAUUCUGUAGGAUUUAUUGAAUUAAAUGUAGCUAGGUUCUGACAGAAAAGAUUCUAAUUACAUUAAUUAAUUUGACA